UGAUCAGUAUGAAGGCGUAGCUCAUGAAUAUUAACGAGGUCGCGUUCCUCGCCACCGGUUGGCCCGUGCUGGUCACGCCCCGCCCACCCGCGCUACACCUGAGUUCAGAGGCUGCACCUGAGAGCGACUGAAGGACUGAAGGGAGAUGCAGAGACAGAGAGAGAGAACAGAACACGGCAGAAUGCGAAGAAACACGCGUUUGCAGCGAUGGACCCCGUUUCAUUGAUCGCACUGUGUUUGCUCUGGACUAGAACAUCAGCAUCAUUUGUUGAGGGACCGCCUGAGCCUCGUAAUGUCCACUUCUACUCAGAGAACCUGAGGAACAUUGUGAGAUGGACACCAGGAGAAGGAUCUCCCAAUAACACGGUCUACACUGUGGAAUACGCCAUUUACGGCGAUGAGGAGGAGAACGGCACUGAGCAGGUGAGAUGGAGGCGUGUGGAGCACUGCUCCUCCGUCACACAGAACGAAUGUGACGUGUCUCAGGAGACCUUUAACCUGGAGGAGGACUACUAUGCCAGAGUCAGGGCCGUCAGCGCAAACACACAGUCCGUCUGGACCGAGAGCACGAGCCGCUUCAGCCCAGAGUUCGACACGGUCCUCGGCGCGCCGCUGCUGGAGCUGACUGUGCUGCAAAACUACAUAGACGUCACAAUAAAGGGGCCCUUCAGAUGGAGAACGAAGAGGACAAAGAAAGACAAGUCACUCUGGAAGAUCUUCCCACACAUGAUCUAUAACGUCUCUGUGUUCAACAGCAGGAGCAGUCACACGAACUACAUGCGUCUUAAAAAUGGGAACUUGACGCUGGGGCCUCUGGACUUUUCCACGCAGUUGUGUGUGGUGGUUCAGGCCCAGUCGGAGUCUCGUCCUCUGGCCUACAAACCCAGCGAUCGGCUGUGCGUCGAGACGGCCAAAGAUCCAUUCAGAGAGCAGCUGCUGGCUGCUAUGUUGGGCGGCGUGCUGCCGUCUGCGCUCUGUCUGUGUGUCCUCGCUGUGCUCGGGGGUCUCGUCCACUGCUACAUCACCGACCACAGACAGAGACUGCCCAAGAGCACGCACGUGGUUGGCACGAGUGAAAAUCUUCACACUUUCCAGCCUCAGAUGUCUGCAACAGUCAUCUUUAACGUGAUGAAGCUGGGAGAUGAAUCCGCGGCUCUGCCACAGCUGCUGUGUGCUGAGGACUCGUCAGCGGCGGAUGAACCGGCUCGGGCUGUGAGCGCUGAUCCGCCGGUGUGUUACGUGCAGCAGCAUGCAGCGCUCGCUGACCCGCAGGACACAGACAGUGUGCACUCUGAGCCGCAGCACAGCGAGGACGGAGAUUACGGCAUCGUGCUGCCGGCUGCUUUUGAACCUCCGUACAGGACACAAGGACACACAAUACAUGCUGUGGAUGCCCGUGAGGACGAGCCGGAUGAUGAAGAACAAGCACAGAUAUUCCUGGACUGGAGCCCAGGGACUGGAGAACUGAAGAUCCCUCUGAUGGGCUUGUUAGGUCUGGAGGAUGAAGCACAGCUCCAGACUGAAGCGGUCACACUGCUGCCUAACAUCAUCCUGAGACAGAGCUCAGGGGACAGCUGCGAGCCGGAGCCGGACCACUUCAUCAAGAUGGAGCGGGACUGGGGCCUCGUCAUCCACUCCAGCCCGGACUGACAGAGGAGAGGAAUAAUGCUGCCGCUGCUGCUUCAGACUCCUGACAGAAUAUGAAGAGCAUUUUGCUACACACUAGUGUGUUCAGUUUUAAGGUUUACAAAUGAAACGAUAUAAUGAAGGAUUUUCAGUGGACUUUGUUUUCUGCUUCAACUCUCUUUCACUGUGAACAUGAACAAAGCUCAGUUCUUUAGCUUCUGUGUUCAAUCACAGUUAAUCGCUUUGCCUCAAAAGCCCCAGACGUGCAGAUCCUGGAAGCUGCUCAAGGGAAAUAAACUUUGUUUCAUGGGCACUCGGUUCUGAAAGUGAUGUGUGACCCUGGAGCACAAAACCAGUCAUAAGUGUCAAUUUUUCAA